AUGCCCAGCAUCUUCGCCUACCAGAGCUCGGAGGUGGACUGGUGUGAGAGCAACUUCCAGCACUUGGAGCUGGUGGCCGAGUUCUACAACACAUUCAGCAAUGUCACCUUCUUCAUCUUUGGGCCUCUCAUGAUGUUUCUGACGCACCCAUAUGUCCAGAAACGUUCCCGCUACAUUUAUGUCAUCUUCAUCCUCUUCACAGUCGUAGGUCUGUUCUCUAUGUACCUUCACAUGACACUCAGCUUCCUGGGCCAGAUGCUGGAUGAGAUCGCUAUUCUGUGGCUGCUGGCCAGUGGCUACAGCAUAUGGAUGCCCCGCUGCUACUUUCCUGCCUUCCUAGGGGAGAACAGGCCCCAGUACAUCUGCCUGGUCAUCACCGCCACCGUGGUCAGUACCUUCCUGUCCUUCCUGAGGCCCACGAUCAACGCGUACGCCCUCAACAGCAUUGCCCUGCACAUCGUCUACAUCGUGGCCCAGGAAUAUAAAAAGACCAGUAAUAAGGAGCUUCGGCAUCUAAUUGAGGUCACCAUGGUUUUAUGGGCUUUUGCGUUUACUAGCUGGAUCAGUGACCGCUUGCUUUGCAGUUUCUGGCAGUGGAUUAAUUUCUCCUACCUGCACAGCAUCUGGCAUGUACUCAUCAGCAUCACCUUCCCCUACGGCAUUGUCACCAUGGCCAUGGUGGAUGCCACAUAUGAGAUGCCGGACAAAACUCUCAAAGUCUGCUACUGGCCUCGGGACACUUGGCCCAUGGGGCUGCCCUACGUGGAGAUCAGUGAUGACAACAAGAGCUGCUGA